UGGUUAGGUUACAGCAGGCAGAGUUAUGGAAACAAACAAGUACAGCCGAAACAGGAUGUUGCAAGAAGCUUAAAUGAGUUACAAGAUCCUCCACCCACUGCAAACUUAUACAUGUAAGAAGAAUUUGGAGAAGUUCCUUUGACUUGUCAGCAUCUCACAUCCCUAAGAUUAACACCAGAGUUCAAGAGUAUAAUCGCUUGAGGGAAAAAACUGUUCUUGAACCUGUUCAUUUUUGGAGUACGCUGCGGUAUCGUCUGCCAGACAACAGGCAUGUGAACAGUUCAAAAGCAGGACCAAUAACUCAGCAAUUCCAUAAAACGUCAGUACACAGUCUACUUUCCCUGUACCGUGAAGUCACUAAAAUAGGAAAUGGCGCAUCAUUGCCUUAUGCUACUGGCAGGUAUCUUCUUCUUAGCACUACAGUUAGUUCUUGCUGAAGAGUGUGCCAAAUACAAAGUGACUAACUGUGAGGAAUGCAUCAAGUCUGGGCCAGGGUGUGCCUGGUGUAAGAAACAGAAUUUUACAAAAGCUGGGGAACCAGAUUCUGUGCGCUGUGAUACAGUUGCAAAACUGAGUGAGAGAGGGUGCACAUCCACAGAUGUCAUCAAUCCACCGAGUAUUGCCAUUCUUAAGGAAAAUAAACCCUUGGGGAAGAGUGAUACUACAGUGACCCAGUUACAACCUCAGCAUGUUGUAGUAGAUCUCAGGCCAGAACAACCUAAGACAAUAAAGGUCGAUUUCAAACUGGCAGAAGGUUAUCCUAUUGACCUGUACUACCUUAUGGACCUAUCCUUCUCCAUGAAAGAUGACCUGAAUAAUCUACGAAAACUAGGAACACAAAUCUUAGAUGAAUUAAACAGAAUCACUAAGUCGGCCCGUAUAGGGUUUGGUGCUUUUGUGGAUAAGACUGUUCUACCUUUUGUUAACACACACCCAGAGAAAUUGAAAAACCCGUGCCCUGACACCAAUUCACCAUGCCAAUCUCCAUUUGGAUACAGACAUGUGCUCAGUCUGACUGAUGAAGGUAAAUUAUUCAAGGCGAAAGUUACCACUGAAGAAAUAUCAGGGAACUUGGAUGCCCCAGAAGGAGGCUUGGAUGCCAUGAUGCAGGCUGCAGUUUGUGGGGAUAAAAUCGGAUGGAGGAAUGUGACCCGCCUACUACUGCUUGCUACAGAUGAUGGAUUCCAUUUUGCUGGAGAUGGGAAGCUGGCAGCCAUUCUGACACCAAAUGAUGGAGAAUGCCACCUGACUAAUAAUGAGUACACUAAAAGUACUGAGUUUGAUUACCCAUCUGUUGCUCAGUUGGCUCAAAAACUUGAGGAAAACAACAUUCAGCCAAUUUUUGCUGUCACAAAAAAAAUGGUGCCAACAUACCAGGCACUGAGUAAACUAAUCCCUAAAUCUGCUGUGGGUGAGCUGUCUGAUGACUCCAGCAAUGUUGUCCAGCUGAUUAAAGAAGCAUAUAAUAAUCUAAGAUCUCAGGUCAUCCUGGAACAUAAAAAUCUCCCGAAUGACAUCACCAUCACCUAUGAUUCUGACUGUGGUGACAAUCAGAAAAAAAGUCAAAGGGAGCCCAAGGGCAGAUGUGACAAUGUACAAAUUGAUCAGCAGAUUUCGUUUAAUGUGACAAUCACAGCCACAAGGUGCUUUGACAAUCCUCAGACUGUGGAAAUUCGUCCAUUGGGCUUUACAGAAUCACUAAAAGUUACUGUGUCCACACGUUGUAAAUGUGAAUGUGAUGAACCAGGAAGAAAAGAUGACUGUGGCGGAAAUGGAAACAUUGUCUGUGGAAUCUGCAGUUGCAAGAAAGGAUUCCUUGGAAAGAAUUGUGAAUGCAGAGCUGAAGAAAAGACCACUCAGGAUCUGGAGUCAGCCUGUCGCAGAGAUAACAGCUCAGCCAUCUGUUCCAAUGCAGGAGAAUGCAUUUGUGGUACAUGCAGUUGUCAUGGAAGUGAUAUCCAAGGCAAACAGAUCUAUGGGACCUACUGCGAGUGUGACAACAUGAACUGUGAACUGAACAAUGGCAGACUUUGUGGUGGUAAUGGAAAAUGUGACUGUGGAACCUGUAAGUGCAAUGAAGAGUAUGAGGGAAGUGCCUGCCAGUGUAAAAAAUCCAUUAAGAGCUGCUUGAAUUCCAGAAACAAUGUGUGCAGUGGGCGAGGAACCUGUGUGUGUGACAUAUGCCAGUGUACAAACGGUUACCAGCCACCAUUCUGUGAAACUUGCCCAGGUUGUGCUGUGCCUUGUGCAAAGUAUGCACUUUGCAUUGAAUGUGAACAUUUCAAAAAUGAAAAAAAUACGGAAAAAUGUAAAACAGUAAACUGUACCGGUUUCACUGCAAAUAUUGUGGAAAGCCUGGGGAAGGACAAAAUGUGUAAGGAGAAGGAUUCAGUAAACUGCUUCAUGAGUUUCACUCUGAAAGAAAACGAUGGCUUUGACUCCUACUCUGCCACUGUCCUUAAAGACAGAGAAUGCCCACAGCCACCAAACAUUGUUGCUAUUGUCGGUGGAACCAUUGCCGGUGUAGCCUUAAUAGGACUUCUUCUGCUCAUUCUUUGGAAAGUUGUAACUGAAAUAUAUGACAGAAGGGAAUACCACAGAUUUGAGAAGGAGAAGCAGAAGGCAAAGUGGGAUACUGCUAACCCACUGUUCAAGAGUGCAACCACUGUUGUUGUUAACCCACACUUCAGCUCUGAAUAAACAUCAUGCAACUCUAGAAAAUGACAGACCCUGACAUCUAUGAACCUUGUGGCCUAGCUUGAAGAAAGACAGCAAAGAUGAUGAUAUCUGCAUUAUGAAGAGUCAUACUGACUCCUGUAUAAAGGUUACGUGGCCUCACUUCUUCCUCACAGACAUCUGCCAGCCUGGAUUGUGAUGUACACUUUAAAGAGAGAACCACAUUACUUUGCUUCAUCUUGCCUAACACCUCUUGCAAAACCCUGGACCAACAAUCUUCAACAGAGCUUAUAUUCAAUGCUGAUUUCCUGUACUUAUUUAUUUUUUAAAUGAAUAAAUGAACUGCUGUCCAAAGGCUCAUUUUCAGUCAAGCACUAAGUAAAUAAUGAAAUGUUACUAAAUACCGACACCUCAUAAAGGAUACACUCAACUGAGUAUGUCAUUUGGAGGAAGUAUAUGUCUAAUAGUUUUUUUUACUGCCAUACUCAUUCCUUAGGUGCACCAUGCAGUGUUAGCACAGAAUAAUUACAAUGCUUGACAUAGUACUAGACCAAGCUUUUAAACAGAAUUAAUACUUAAGCAUGUCAGCAAAUACUUCUAACUUAGAAGUGUUUGAAUAGCUAUUCAUUCAUAAUGAAUACAUUCAAAUAAUAUGUACAUCUACAAGAAGCAAUUAGGGCAAAAUCAUAGUUUUUGUCCAAUUCAGUUUAACAUGACACCUAAUACAUGUAAGAACUGUUAAAAGUUUGUUUCAUUCAACAGAGGAGUAGUGGAGACUGUAGAGGUACUGCAGUACUUUAGGAAAGUCCACGUAAUGUAGAGCUGAAGUUAACCAAAUGGAGAGUUAGGGUUAUGAAAACAUCAACAAAUAUACACAUAUGAGUUAAUGUCUGGAAACAAUUUCAGUAGAUAAAAAUAGUUUUUAUGUGUUUAAGUUGUAAAUACAAAAAUAUAAAUUUAAAAGCAAGAAAUUGUCUAGUAAGAAAAUGUUAGCAUGUCCCACAGCAUAUCUGUUCAUUAAAAGCUACUUCUUAAUAAUAUGAAAAAAAUAUAUAUGAUGGUAAUUAUCAAGGUAUUAUGUGGUAUCAUUUAAAGCAGAUUGUUCCCUGCCAUUCAUUGACUCUAGGGGAAGCUUCAGUGAAUGAUUAUUUAGUUUAGAAGGACAAAACCAUGAGGUUCAAUUCUAGCUUUUAAAUAUGCUGUGCAAGGAAAUCAAACAGCAGUAGCUCACAGUUGCAGCUUAAGAAUAAAUGGAGUGAAAAAGUUGAGCCAUACUGCUGUCAGCACUCUGAAGUCGACAAUUCUAAAGUAAACUACCAGAAUCAUAGUCCAGGAGAUAUGUGCCACAAGCAACAGGGGGUUCCAGCUCAGUGUAGAUGAUGGCAGAGUGUUAUCUCAGGGCUUUGUCUCAGACCACUAUGAAGACAAAACUGGCAUUACUUCUAAAGAAUGCAACUUGUUUAUUCUACUGACUGAAGAAAGGGUGCAACCCUGCUAAAUAUAUUCUCUCAGAUGCGCAUUUUGGGAUCAGGAUAGAAAUAUGUUGGAAGAAGGUGAAAAAGGAAUACAGACGAAACUGAUUAUUAUAAUCAUAACAAAUGAUGGGAAGAGAUGUCUGAUAAUGUGUACCAAGACAUUUUAGGAAUUUGUUUCAUUCUUUUAAUUCUAUUCUUCACACUAAUACAUCACUGCUUGCAAAAUCACUUGGCUUCCCCCUCGUCAUGUAUUUGUUAAUAUCACAAGAAAUCUAAGAACUGUAUUGUAUGCCAUAGAAGACUCUGUUUUUACUCUGUCAAGGUGCAUGAAUGAGACAAACUCUUUCUGUAUCCAUAGCUAUCAACAGCAGAUAUAAUUCUGCAUGUGAUCACCAAAUGACAAAAAUGAAUGCGGGGUUAAUGCAGCAGCCACAGACCCUUGUAAUGUUAUUUCAGUGUGACAUGCCAUCUUGAUAAGAAGAAUAUUUCAGUGUAUUGUCUUUUGACAGGACAGCUUUAAAAUGUGCUCUGAAAUUUGGUAUUUGAUUUUAGUGUUGCAUGUUUCUUAAGUCAAGUUUCUUUUGGGAGGGGGCAACUCAUUGUAUAAAGGACUGAUUGGUAUCCUUUCCCCACAGUUAUAUGGGUCUAUAUCACCUUGUCAAACGAUGAAAAGAGCGAAUGUUCUUUCAUCGAUCCGACAAGGGCAAAACCCCUAAAGAGCGAAGACACGGACCACUGAUUUUUUUCCCAGGGAAAAAACUCAGUGGGCUGUCUUUGGGACUUUGCCAUUUCCUCCACUAUGGGGUGAGCUUGGAGUUGGUAUAUUUAAGUAGGGGGUGGGGGUGUUAGUAGUGUGGUUAUGGAUAGAUAGUUUUCUAGCAAGAAAAAACAAUGUGUAAAACUUUAAAUUUCUGAUCUGUAUGGAAUUCAGAGUAGGCUCUUUUGUGAUGUACUGAUAAUUUAAUAGUUUGGGUUGUUGAUCUGUUGGUAAUUUGUUUAAGUGUGUAGAUCGACUACAACAGGUGGCUGGAAAACACCAUGUAAAGUAUGGUAUAUGUAUAACUAUAAUUAGAAUUAGAAUUUUAUAAUUAUAAUUCCUGACUGCCAGGCACUGCUAUUCUGCACAAUUUCUUUGUAAGAUAAAUGCAUCAUACAAGUCUCACUCUGCAGUAAUCAGAAUAAGAUGAGUGAGGAAUGCAUCAGUCAAUGGAUGGCUUCUCCUGUUAUAUACAUCUCUAGCUCUAUCUGUAGUAUUCUCAAAAAAUAUUUUGUUGACAUAGCCUCUUAAACGAGCAAGUGUUAUACUUUAUCCUUUCCAGAAUGGUAUUCUCCCCAGUAAGUGAGAAAAAUCAUGUCAGUACUAGCUACUGCAAACUGGUACUUUUCAUGGGGUUGGCAUGGAAAAUUAACUAGCAAUCCAAUAAAUAGUAGGAUGACACUUUUGGCUACUUUAAAAGGACAGUUUUAGUCUACAGUGCUCUCUUUGGCUCUUCCUUUAAUUGUUCAAAGAUGAUGCUCUUUGUUAGUUCACUAGGUCUGUCAGUCACUAAACUGCUGAUGAAAACUGUAGCUGGAAAGGAGUAUAAGAUGCAACUUGGACAGACUUACAAUGUUUUUUCUUUCUGCAGCACCUCUUUGUUAGAGCAUGGAAAAAUUAUAGCUGAGCCAAUGAACUUGAAAUCUGUGCUGUGUGGCAAGCCUAAAUGAAAUAUUGUUAAUGUCAUGAAUCUCAGGCAGAUGGUAAAACCUCAUCUAGGAAUCUCAAGUAACACUUGUCUGUUGUGUUCUCUGGUUCUGUCUUUUUAAAACAUUAUCAUGCUGGUCAUUUUUGUGAGUGUACCAUAGAACCUUCAUUGCUGGCAUUUAGUUUUUCUCCAUGGAAACACUGUAUACAUUGUUUUUUGAAUUUGACAUUUUAUACUAUUAUCUAUCCAACAUUUUUUGAAAACAUCUACAAACUAUUCUCAUAAUGUGCUAAUUGCAAAGGAAUGAUUGCAUUUUGACUUUUUUGUUGACAAUUUUCAGUUUUUAUUGCUUUUUGUGUUUUUUCCUGCUGCAUCUGCGUAGCACACAUGAAAUGGAAAAGGUACCAAACAAAACUUUUAUUAAUAAAGAGAAUGUUUUCAGUUUUAACAUUAUUCUAGGAGAAUAAAUGCACAUUUGUCAUCUGUUUUACAUUUACCAUUUUGUAUUCUUUUAUUAGAAAUAUUAAGUAAACAUAUAUUUUCAAUGUGUUUUCAAAAUUGUCUGAUGAAGCGGCAUGGUAAGCCAUGAAAGUGCUCACAAAUAAAUGUUUUUUAUGCCUUU